UUUCAGAAUGAUUCUGUCGUAACAGCGGAAAAAGAAAAGAUGGAUGGGGAAAUAAAACUAUUUAAACAAGAAAAGAAAACGUUUGAUGAGGAGAGGAAAAAGUUUACAGAAGCAGCUAUCAAGUUAGGGCAAGAAGUAAGUUUUGUUUUAUCACUAGCUGUCAGCUCAUAAGAGAGUGUACUGUAGGUAUAUGGCAUGUAAUGAGAUAUUGUUGACAUCCACAAUGGUUAGUUCUUGUGCCUGUCACCCCUGUGAAUGAGAAGGUCUGCUUCUCCCUCUCUCAGAAACCUUAAUAGAACAGUUAAGUAUGCAAAAGUGUCAACUUCACGAGCCAGAGCCUCCAAAAAUAGCCAAAGAUUUGAGAAUCAGUUAAAAGUCCAGUUCAAAAACCUGCUGACAAAUGUAUGAUAGACACAAUCUAUCUCCGGCUUCCAAUAUUCAUGUUGUUUCUAGUAGCGGAGACGUCACGAAAAAUGGGGGGGGGCAUAUGAUAACCUGUUGUUGCUGGAAUUCCCAGUUCAUAAACAGUUAUUCAGCUAUCAUUCGAAAGCGGUUGUCUCCCCCUCCCCCCUCUAGUGUCCACCAGUGGCGUUUUAAACAGUUCGUCGUUGCCACACGUUAGGAUUGACUUUUUUGGCAUGUUAAAUUUGUAAUGUUAUUUAAUUACUUUUUAGAGAGAGCGAUUUAACGAGGAAAGAGCACUCUUCCUGAAGCAACAGUUGCUGAAUUCUUCCCCAAGUCCAAAGAACGAUAAAGUUCGAGCAAGGAAGAGAAGUGAGUACAACUACUUGUAUAUUUGAUAUAGCUUGUAUUCAUUCAUUAAUUCUCCAGAACUUGUUAAUUAUUCCAUGUUCGGUCAGUAUUGAAAAACGCAGAAUAUGCAUGGUAGUUUAGAUUAUUUUAAUUGAUAGAACGCCCGCACUAUAGGCCGUUUCAAAUUUUUCUCUCGUGAUAACAUUUUUUCUUGUUUGUUCCAGCUGAAGAAGAUGAAAGUAAAUCUCCAAGAGCUCGUACCCAGACCCCAGUAUAUUCAGCGGCGCCUCGCAACAACGAUGUUGAACUAAGCAGUAGAAAUGACAGAAUAUCUAUGGCUACACCAAGCACAGCGGAUCUGUAUAGUGUUAUGAAUUUAAGAACGAAGACAGAACACCUUGCUGAAGAGUAUGUGAAAUUGAUAAAUAUUCAACCAAUAGAUCUUUACGUUAUUCUAAAAUUUAGGCAUUUCACUCGACCGAAAUUUUAAGCGUUGUUUCGUGGACCCACUUUAUCACCCAAAUGACUCUACAAUCACAAGCGACAACUUGACAUUUAAAAUUUUACGAUUCGUAAAGCAACUUAUCUACAAAUCGAUCUUUUCAAUCGUCAACUCGUAAAACGGUUCUGGAUCUUGCCGUUUUGACAGUAUUGGACUUGGUUUUUGAGACAGGGAUAGCUCAGUCGGUAGAACAUUCAUCUAGAGAUCGAAAGGUCCCGGGUUCAAUUCCUCGCUGCGCCAUGACCAACUCAGCGUACGAGUAGCAUGGUUUUCACGUAAAACUGCACUGUGCGGUUAGCUGGCAGCAGGUGUGGCAGUGGUGGAUUUAUGUGGGGGGAGGGGUGCACAGGGGUGUGCACCCCUGUUGGCCUUGGUCAACAGGGGUGCGCAAAAAAGUAAAUUUAUAUCUUAAUUGUUUGAGCUAUUCACAGUUUGUUAUCAGUCUUAGACUAACUUAAAUUUUGGAAUUCAAGGCAGCACCACAGCACUAGUACAAAAUACUAAUAAAUCCAAUAUUAAUAAUUAAUUUAGUUUGAUACUUUGAUUGAAAAUUUUGCUGGAAACAGCUAACAUUACAAGUAUUUGAUAAUGAAAAUAAAAAUUAGAAAAGCGACCAAUAUUCAAUGUGAAAAAAAUUCCAUUUUCUCUUUCACACAAUCACAGUAUCAAGGGAAUCUGGGAUUUAUCUUUUAUAUAAUUAUUAAAUUAUAUUUAUUCAACAUAUCUGUAAAUUGUAACUGAGAAACUAUAUAGGUGCACUUUCAUGACAGUAUGGUGCUGGCCAGCGCUGGGUUCGGUGUGCUUGGCUGCUCGCCCAGCACCCCCUUAAAAAAACCUUGCUGGAUCCACCACUGAGGUGUGGCGCUCCGCCCCAGCAAAACAUCUCCCUGGUCUAGUGCUAGCGAAAAGCUAAGCGGAUAGACUCCCUCGCCGUACGGCUGAUACCGAUAUUCUCCGACCUACUAGUACUUACUUAUGGUUGGAAAUCACAAUAACCAGUCCCUAACUGAAUGAUGAUUUUUUGUUAUUCUUUAUCCAGAACUCCAAGACGAACAUGGAACGGAGGUUCACGAUCAAAUAGCCAAAAUUCUGGCAACACUGAUGAUGUUGUUAUCAAUGAAAAUCAUUUAUCAACUAGGAAGACAAAACGAAUUGGAGAACAUGCACGAAAAAUAAAGAAAGCUCUUUUAAAACAACACAAUAAUCAGUUGGAGAGUACAGAUAAUUCUAGUAAAAUGUCAUAGUAGAUUAUUUAUAAUAAUAUAGAUUAUAUGAAAAAUGCGUAGUACAGUAGUGUCUCUUUAACAUUGUGGCAUAUUGGUAAUUUGGUACGCCGUAAAAUAUUGUAGAAAGUGUAAGAUAGUGCUAAUAAAGCUAUUUAGUUAUGUAUAGAGUAAAAAUCACAUUCCUGGUUUGAUUUCUAAGUUAUAAUGUAUUUUAAUGAAUAAAUUAACCAAUCCUUGCG